CUGUCAAGUUAGUUAGAGGCGUGUUCGGUAUUUGUGAGAUUAUUCGGAAAACACGGUCGGCGGUGGUUUAGUUAACCGUACAGAAUAAAAAAAAUCCGUCUAAAUCAAACUAUUUCACAUUUGGACAAGUUACCGUGUAACAUGUCUUCAGCCAGGUGACAUUAUUUGACUCAGCGAAUUCUUCGGAUGCCACCAAAAAGUGAACAAGCAUACACCCAUCCAGAGCUCAAUGAGUAAUGAACCCAUUUUGGAGCAUGUCGACAAACGCUGGUCGUAAGAGAUCUGACGGUGAGGAGCAGGGUGGUCCAGGGGAGCAGAGAUCCAGUCCAGCUCGUCCUCCAUUUGGUAAAAAGCAGCUUCCCUCCAUCCCAAAGAAUGCCGCCCCCAUCACUAAAGCCGCCUCACCGGCCUCCUCUACACAGUCUGCCAAUGGCACGCAUGCCUCAUAUGGCCCUUUCUACCUGGAGUACUCGCUGCUCGCCGAGUUCACAUUGGUGAUCAAGCAGAAGCUCCCUGGCAUCUAUGUUCAGCCUUCAUACAGAUCAGCACUAAUGUGGUUUGGUGUGAUUUUCAUUAGACAUGGCUUGUACCAAGAUGGUGUGUUUAAGUUCACCGUCUACAUUCCUGAUAACUACCCAGAUGGAGACUGUCCUAGGGUCAUUUUUGACACCCCAGUUUUCCACCCACUAGUGGACCCGGUCUCUGGCGAGCUGGAUGUGAGGAGAACUUUCACCAAAUGGAGGUCUGUUCAAAAAAACAAAACAAAAACUGCUGUUUUACUGUAUUGCUCUUUACCUCCCUGGAAUCUAAAUUCGAAGGGGCUCAGGGUUGUUUUGGAAAUAUUUUAUAUGUACGCCCGCACAAUCUUCUAUAAGAUCAACACCAUGGAUCCGCUCAACCCAGAGGCUGCAGUGCUGUAUGACAAAGACAUCCAGCUCUUCAAAAGCAAAGUGGUAGACAGUGUCAAGCUAUGCAAUAGUCACCUGUUUGAUCAGCCCAAGAUAGAUGACCCUUACGCAAUAAGCUUCUCUCCGUGGAAUCCAGUGGUGCAUGAAGAGGCAAAAGAGAAGAUGUUUGCACAUAAACGAUGGCCAGAGGAUUAUAACAAAGGACUGCCGGUGUCUGGGCUGUCUUGGGUGAAGCCUGGUUCCACUCAGCCUUUCAGCAAAGAGGACAACCCCCUUCAGACGUGAACCUUCAGCGCUGUCUGUCCACCAGGAGGGGCGCUACGCUACUGUGGCUGCACCGAACAACAUAUAUAUAGAAUUCUGAUGCAGUUCUAUGAACUUUAUCUUCAUUCGCAAAACCCUCGCUCGGCUUUAAAGGAAAACUGCUAUAAUGGCUUAAGAAUUAUAGACAUGUUCCCAGUAUAGAUGUAAAGACCCCACUCGUUCAUUUCAGUGCUGAGGCUUGAACGCACAGAGGUUGUUCUAGUCAGUACUGUUACUUGCACAUGUUAAUGUUUUCAGGCACAACAAACCACCUCACUUAUUUGUGUAGGUCAUGCUCUUCUAAUUGACAAACUUGGUUUUCUCACUAAUAAUUUGAUGUAUUUAAUACAUUUUCCCUUUAUUUUCCUUUCCCUAAAAACUUGGUUAAUGAGUUUUAUUUCAAACAUACAUUUGCAGUCUGGGACAGAGUGCCGUUUUUUUUUUUUUUUGUCUUGAUAUAUUUGGGUUGAGAUUUUUGUUUUGUUGUUUUGUGUAAAAUCCUGUGUAUGAUAUGGUUUUAAUGUAAAAUACAGCAAGAGUAAUACUAUUCAUUAAGACAUGGGCAACUUUUUUGCUAAAUGUUGCUUGGGCACUUUCCCAUUGAGAAUGGGUAACAAAUUUUUAUCUGGAUACUUCAGAUCGGUCGUGGGCUUUGUGUCUCACCUGGUUGCCCGUUGACGGCCCGGCAACAUUGCUCAAAAAGUUGCCCUGUGUAUCAUCAGCCUAAGUUAAUCCUUGUUGUUCAGUGAUGUAAUUCAGUUUUAUUCUAUUCUAACGGUUUAAUCUAAAUGGGUUUGAUGUGUAAAUAGUGGAGCGGUUCAAUGAAAUGAAUGACCUCUAUAGAGUCCAUGGCUCUCAUUUAUUUAUCUAGGAAUUUACCAUGGUUUAAAUUUUAGAAAUUUUGCUGUUUUACAAUAAAAAAAAAAAUUUAAGUUUAUUUUGGGUGGUCUCAGUAGGAAUACUGAUAUGAGCUCAGCUGUGUAUGUAAUGUAUUUUUUUUUUAAACUGUUAUAAGCAAAUAAAUGCGUAAACAAUGAAA